AUGGCAGAAUCAACUACAGAUGGAUUAACAUCGACUAAUGUUGAAGUAAAUAACAUUGACACCAAUGAAAACGUUAUAACUCAUUGUAUUUUUGACAUGGAUGCCGAAAUUUUGGCAAGAUUUGGAAAAACUUACUCAUUAGAACUCAUGUCACGUUCACUAGGUCUUCGCCAAUAUGAUUAUGAAAGAUUUCCUUUUGCUAAACCCAUGCCUGGUGUUAUGCGACUUGUGAAGCACUUGAAAAAGCACCGAAUUCCAAUAGCAGUAGCAACGAGUUCGACUCGGGAAAGUUUUAAUAUCAAAGUCUCCAAUAAUAGAGAAUUAUUUGAUAUGUUUGAUAGUAUUACUUGUGUGGAUGAUGCGAAUAUCAAAAAUGGUAAACCUGCACCGGACAUAUUUCUUGCAUCAUGUGAAAAACUUGGCAAUCCUCCCACAAAUCGAUGUUUGGUAUUCGAAGAUGCAAUUAACGGAAUUAAGGCUGCAAAGAAUGCAAACAUGAAAGUAAACCCCAUAAUUACAGAAUUACAUCCGGGUAAAAAUGGUGCAGAUGAAAUGAUUUGUUCUUUAAAUGAUUUUGAACCAACAAAAUUUGGGUUGCCACCUUUUGUUGAAGAGCAAGAUUCAGCAUAA